AUGGCCGGAGUGCCCGGGGUCCAGCGUGUGGCGAGGCUGUGGGUUCAGCUGCACCUGCGCCUGUGCCAGGCCCGUGGAGCACCUGCCUGCGGGCUUGGGCAGUGGCGCUUCAGAGCAGCCAUCAGGCAGCUCCCUCCCGCCACCUCGUGCCUGAACCCCUGGUCCCACCAUCACCCUCACCGCUUCUGCCCCACAGCUGCUGUGCUGCUUCUUGCCUCCCUCGCUUCGGCUUUGGAAGGAGUCCCAGGUUCUGGCCUGUGGAUGUGCCAACCGGCACCUAGGUGUGGGGACCAGGCCUACAACCCCCUGGAGCACUGCUGUGACAAUGACACCAUCCUGCCGCUCAACCAGACCCGCCUCUGCGGCCCCCACUGCCCCUACUGGCCCUGCUUCCAACUCUGCUGCCUGGAAUCGCAGGGCUCACACGAGCGGAGGAUGGUGAGGUUCAAGGUCCCCGGCACCAAGUCCGACUGCAGGUCGUCCCUGCUCUCCAGGGUCUGUGCCCAGGUUUGUUUGCAACGAAAGCAGCAGGUGCUCAGGGAAGCCUCAGGUCGCGACCCCCGCCAGGCUGAGAAGCACCUGCUGCGCGUUCCCGGGGACGGCGCGCCCUCUGGCGGCGGGAACUGA